CAUGUUCAUAGCCAUGUCGACAGCGGUCACUUGGUAGGAGGUGGACAUGCCCAAAGUCAUGUCCAAAGCGGUCACUUGCUUGGAGGUGAGCAUGUCCAGUGCAAUCACUCUAUUGGAUGUGGACAUCUCCAGAGCAGUUACCCUAUUGGAGGUGAACUUGUCCAGAGCAGUUACUCUGUUGGAGGUGAACAUGUUCAUAGAGGUCACUCUAUUGGAGGUGUAACUAUCCAGAGCAGUCACAGUCACCCAGCAGAGCCUACCAAGGAAGAGAAAUCUAAAGUCUUCACCUUCACAACCAAGAAGGAACCCCCAGUCUACCCCCCAGGUGAGAGGACAAAGGAUUAGCAAAUAAAAUGUCACCAUACAUUCAAUCGCUAGCAACACUUUACAUUAGUUGAUCCUAUACCUGUGUAAUAACACUGUAAUUACUCUAGUAACCAUGUAUUAACAAUGUUAUGUAAUCCUUUGGUAAUUGCAUUGUAAUGGAGUAGGGGUUGUACCUUAUUCCACUUGUACAAUAACAAAAAACUCUCUACUUCCUGUGUGGAACAGGAAGUCAAGAGGAGAGGUGGCAACUGAUGAUCCUGGGCAAAGGGCGAGUCACGUGCCCCAAGUGUAAAAGUGUGAGCAGGAAGACUGUGGAGGGACUGAAGAAACAUAUGGAGAGCUGCCGAGUGGUGUGUGUCUGCGCCGUACUCACAAUAACAGCCUUCCAUGUUGCACUCGCAUUGGUUCAACUGAAUCUCAAAAACAAAACUAAUGUGUCCUUUGUAGAAUCCCUUCACGUGUCAGCAAUGCGGGAAACAACUGAAGUCUUCCACGGGAAUGAAGUACCACAUCAUGGCAGACCACAAUAACCUGGUAAGGCCAUUCUCCCAUCUGACGCUGGUUUUGGUGUGUUUCAUGUUGACGUUGGUGUUAACUGUCGUAUUUUUCCAGCCCUCACCAGGUGACAUAAAUGGCCUGGAUGACCAGUCCAUGAAGGAACAAUUGAGGAAGGUGCUGAAAAGAAUGGGCAAAUUAAAAUGCUCUAAAGAGGUAUGAUUCCUUGCUGGCGUCUGUAUCUGAAAUUCCAGUACAGAUGUCACAUUAACCCAUUGUUGGUAGUCUCCCUAGGCAGACGGGUUGCCUCUCACAUUAACAAUGUUCUGACAUAGGUCUGGGAUUUCCUAGACUACAUCGUUGGUGCAUGGGAACUAUAGAUGUGUUUCACUCUAUAGGACUGUGUUACAUUACAGGGCUGCACUGGUAGUUUCACCAGCAUCAUGGGUUACCUGUACCACAUGAAGAAAUGUGGGAAAGAGGCGUCUGAGCUGGAGAAGCUGCUUCUCAACUGCCAACACUGUGGCAAGGUCUACAAGUCCAAGGCAGGCCUGGAGUACCACCUCAAGUCGGAGCAUGCACCAGUGAGUUCACUGUAUUGUACUGCCUUUACAGCAGGGAUCAUCAACUAGAUUCAGCCGCGGGCUGAUGUUUUUCUUGAGUGGAUGGUCGGGGGGGCUGGAACAUAAUUGCAUAUCAUUUGUAGACUGCAAAUUGACCACAUUAAUCCCAAACAGAUAUAAUAUUUGAAUAAAACAUAAUGAUAGACAGCUGUCUCCCUCUCCCCCACAGGAGAUUCAGAAUGUGGAGGAGGAGGUGAAGGCCCAGAGAGAGCCCAACCCUGAGAGGACACCCAGUGGCCGGGUCAAACGCAUGUCAGCCCAGGUGGCUGUUUUCCACCUACAGGAGAUUGCUAACGACGAGCUGGCCAAGGAGUGGCCCAAGAGGAAGGUCAUCGGGGACCUUGUCCCAGAUGAUAAGAAGGUGAGGGCACUUCAACACUAAGAUGGUCCUAGAUCUGUGCUCAUGUACUGUAUCCAUUCCUGUGGAUACAUUGACCUCCAGAUUAACCAUAAUUUUUCUGUUGGGUUCCACAGCUGAGAUAUGCCCGCCCAGGGCUGCCUGCCUUCAGUCAGGAGGUCCUUCGGAAGUGGAAAAACGAAGUGAAGCUGCAAAAAAAAGUGCAGUGCCCAAACCUGGUACAACCCAUAGUUUUUUAAAUGAUAUUUUAGCCCAUGUUGCCUAUAGUUGAGAUGUUACUCACUGUACUAUACUUAUAAUGUGACUAGGAAACUUUCUGGUUUCCCUCAGGGCUGUGGCUCGGUCUACACAAGUGUGUCUGGACUGAAGGCUCACCUUGGGCUCUGUGGAAGGGUAUGGAAUAGAUUUACUCUCACUGCUCCGCUCUCGUUCACUUCCAAGUACCGCAACGUAUCCAGAAGACGGGGAAAGUUAUUCAGCUGAAACUGAGUCAAUUCUUCAGUUUUAUUUUAGCAUAUAAAUCUUAUGUAUACACAUAAAUUUAAUCCAUUAUUAAGCAUCUAAUUCAACUGAAUGUUUUCUCUCCCUGUGUAGGGGGACUUUGAAGCAGGGAAAUACAAAUGCCUGAUCUGUAAGAAAGAGUUCAACUCAGAGAGUGGGGUGAAGUACCACAUCAACUCUGUCCACUCCCAGGUCAGAAAUGUAUUUAUUUGAGACUUUUAACCUCCUUGAUGACCUACUGUAGCAUAUUAAUGUAUACUGUUUUGCCAUAUGAAUACAGUACUUAAAACAUUCAUGUUGUAGUGCUUUUUGAUGGCAUGCUAUACUCAUUUCCUUUGUCCUGUGUUUUCUUAGGACUGGUUUGCGGUGACCUCAAAAUCCAAGAACUUUGAUAAGGUUCUGAAGACCAAGCCCAAGGAGCACAGCACUGUGGAUGACCCCACUGACCAUCUCCAGCAACAGACCCUCCAUGUCUUCACCCCCAUCCUGGAGUCCUGGCAGGACAUGCAGAUGGGACCCCCACCAGCGGUGCCCGAGCCGGCCAUGCAGGUCAACCCUGAGGCAGCAGAGGGGAAGAGGAGGGGGAAGGGGAGAGGGAAGGAGAAGGACUGCUAUGACUUCACUGGCAGUGACCAUUCCAGCAGUAGCAACAGUGGCAGCUCCAGCAGCGGAUCAGAGACAGAGGAUCCUGAGGGCCCGAGACACAACAUUGACAAAUGGGCACUGCAGAGACCCAGUAUCAUCGAGACACACCCUGAAGUCGCCAAGCGACCCAGAAGCAACCACUAGUUCAGUCCGAUCACCUGACUUCAGAGGGUGCAACGUUACAGAACGUUCAAAUAGAAAUGCAUUCUG